UGUAAUAACAGUUCCAUUUGCCCGUGUGGCCAAUUUUGACCAGCACUUUUUCAUGUCGCACAACGACCAGAGGUAAUUAUCGUUCCUGUGACCGUUGGAAAUGGGGUCACGGUUAGUUUGAAACGCCACACGGCACACACAAACAUCAAUUUGCGUUCAAUUUAAAAAAAAAUAAUGGUAAAAUAAAUGGGGCCCUGCACAUUCCGACGUACAUUGUGUAUCGGUAACACUCCCUGUGCGGAUAAAUUGGUAUUCGGUGCUGGUGUGAGUCAGCGGCACCUCGAGAUGGCGAACCAAUACCUUUUCCGAAGUGUGUCGAAGAGGCAAUAUCUCAAAGGAUGAUUCUAAUGCCGAUUUUGAAUAGGAAUAACAAUGAUAAUGCGGUGUCCGUCGAGAGGACAGGUGUCUAAAGUAAGAAGAGAGGGGAGCCUUACUAAGCCAAGCCAAGAUACGACUACCUGUUUCCCACUACUCUUGCUGUACACUAAAAUGUUGUUUUACGUUCUCAGAACCUGGUGAAGUUACUCUCAGCACAAAAUGUAUCUCGUGUGCGGCUGUUCCAUUAAACUGUUCGCGUUUUAUUAUUGAAUUAACAUUUUGGAAGAUGUGUUUUUGUGUGAGUGCCUUUGGGACAUAUCUGCACAUGCACCUUCAUUGAGAAUACGCCGGUUCAAGGUUGUUUACAACAGUUUCUGUGAUGUUUUUCAAAAAUGUGCUUCUAACUAUGGGAUCAAUGGCAUUCAUAUGUCAAUAGGUUGGAUCCCACAAGUAUGGAAAGCAAAAAAGCUGCCUAUCAGAACAACACAGUUACUCCAAGUAACGAACCUGAUGAAGCUUUACCUAAACACCUACACCAACACAACACAGCACCACAGCAUCUAAGACUGCUCCAAUAUGGUCUAAAAAUCCCCAAUCAUCAACUCAAUCAAAAUCAUGCAUAUCAACAGAUCAACUCCCCUUUACAUCUCCAUGUGCACCAGCACAACUCCCAAAUCCAAUACCAAACGACUCACAGACAUUUACAGCCUUCCCCACAGUUCAACAACAUCAACAUCCAUCCAAACCCGGUGUUGCUCCACAACCAAAACCAAAAAUACGGCCACAUCCAUCAGCAAAAACCAAAUAACCAACCCCUUUACCAGACAACUCAACCUCCACCUCCCGCCCACUCCUACAAUCAAAUGCCCCAGAACACCCCACAAAUAUGGAUGCCCCACCAGCCCCCAAUUCACUAUCACCAACAACAACAGCAGCAGCAGCAGCAACAGCAACAGCAACAACAAAACAAGAACGAAACACCACCCAAACCCAACAGCACUUCAACCACCCCACCCCAACCCCAACCCAAGCAAGUGGUCGAGCGGAAGAAGUCCAGCAGCAGCACCCAACAACUCCGAUCGCCUUCCGCCAAACGACCCCUGGAAGCCCCCGUCUCCAUGCAGGGCUGGCUCCACAAGCAAGGAUCUGAAGGGCUGAUGUUGUGGAAACGACGCUGGUUCGUCCUUUCCGAAUACUGUCUCUUCUAUUACAAAGGUCCUGAGGAAGAAAAAUUGCUGGGAUCAAUUUUGCUUCCAUCGUACAAGGUUUCAGCUUGUGUUCCCGAAGAUAGAGUCAAUAAAAAGUUUUCUUUCAAAUGUGAACACGCUAAUAUGCGGACAUAUAUAUUAGCAGCUGAUUCACAGGAACUAAUGAGUCAAUGGAUUAAAGUGCUUACCUUAGCUUGUAAUCUACAGACUAAUAUUGAAAGUGAUCAACAUACACCAAGUACAUUACAAACGAAUGCAGAAAACGAAAAUUCCGAGCCUAUAUACCACCAAAACCCCAACUUAGGUACUACACCAGUUCACACACAUUCCUCCAGUAACACCACCGACUUGAGUAAUCCAAGUCAACAGGAACUAAGUCAAUAUAAUCAACCCUUAUAUGCAAAUGCACCACCCAAGCCCAGACGGUUGAACGACGCCGGCUAUUCGUCACCAAGUCCCGACAUCCUCGACAAGUACCCGAACACCCAAAACCACUACAUCCAGCCAAUGCACGGCUGCAGAAGUCUGGCCAAAUCACCUGUAAGCAUUUACGGGCACACAAUGUUGGCACCCACGCAUAUGCAACCUGACUGCAUGCCCCACAUGCAUCCCAAACACAAUCCCCACGAGUACGUCUUCACACCAACGCGAGAGAUGCAUAACGUACCGCAAAAUUCAGAGCGACGAACGCCAGACACUUACGGCAGAUCUCAGUUGGCCACCAAAAUACGUGGCACGGAUUACGAAGACGUGUACGCCGACCAGGCAAUGUACAAGCGACCGUUGAGCCCCAUCGCCUACAAUCACAUAAACGUGAUCAAGAAAGCCAACCCAACAAUCAAUCCGGCCUACAGAGCGUACACCCCUGUAAAUAUGUUAGGACCUAAAGAACUGGACCAAUACGGACCACCUCACAUGAGGAAAUCACCUAGUUCCAUAGCUAGACCGCACAGCGCGGACUUCUUAGAGUACGAAAUCAAUCACCGACAACAAAACGUAACACCAACAGCACGGCCUAAGUCUAGUUUAGACAUCAACCGCAACGACAGCGACAACUAUUUUUACUCCGAGGAACGGUACGCCGAAAAGAUGAGGAAGUCAGCCCAGUAUCUGCAGAAGGCGCCGUUAAGAUAUCCCCAGCAACACAACGACUUUCUGAUACAACCCAAGCCAAUGCCGGUGAACAGGUAUCCGGAAACCGAGGGUACCACCUACCCACUGAUGAGGUCCAACACCCAACCGAUAAAUUUCAACAACGCACCUCUUAAAGAGAUGCCCCCAGCGGUCCAACCGGUAAGAAGCAGAAGCGUUUUAAGUGAGGGCUCUCUAUCAAAAGAACUGGACAUGGACCUACGAUCGAGUCCCCGGGAGAGGCUGGAUAGGGAAUCGAUAUCACCCGGUUUUUCAACGAGGCAAGAAAUGUACAACUACGCCCAAAAUAUGAGGAAUAGGGAGUACGAUCAGUUCACUAGGUCGGCAAGCGCCAGACUAGCUCAGAAUCCAUCUGCUCAAGGUGAAAGGUAUCCGGAGGAGAGGCAACCCAACAGGGAAGGUGAUAGGAAGAGAGAAGAGUCAAUGAAGAGACUGUUGGAAUGGAAGCAAAGGAUGCUUCAGUCUCCUCUAAACAGAAAAGUCCAGGGCAACAGAGUCUAUGCUGGUCGAAACGUGGACUACUACAACGAAAAUGGAUACAUUCCUCAAAAGCACUCAGAUUCUUGUUCUGAUGGUAGAAGAUCAGUGACAAAUCUUCCUCAGUACAACAGUUAUUCGUCAGAUGAUGAGGAAAAUGAGGAGAGAAGCAAGGAAAAUGUGCACACACAGGCAGGACGGACCUUGGACACAUUUCCGAGUAUUUCUGAGUCACUUACACCUGCACAAACCACUUCUACCACUGUAUUCCAUUCCCUUGGGAAACCUGGCGACUUUGCAACACAUUCUGAUUUAUUGCACCAAAAUUUUCACAUGGCACCGCCCAAAAAUCCACCCGACGACCCUGGCAAAAAGGAACCUGAUGAUAAUACGUUCACUAAACCCUUAAAACAAUUCAACAAAGAAUCAUCUAAUCUUGCCCACGUAUCUAGCCUUAGAUCUGAGUACUCAGAUAAGUUCGAACAAAGCCCAAUGGUUACUGAAAUUAAAAGCAAUGGGGCCCUUGUUAAGUCUAUACUUGCGGAAUUUGAAAAUAAGUCUGACGUUAGUUCUGCAAACGAAUGUUCCGGCUCAAAUAAAUCCACUGAGACUCCCACAAACGAAACUGAAUGUGCAACUGAAGAAAAUUACAUGACAAUGACUGCCAAAAAGUCAGUUCUUGGUUCUAGAAAUAGCAAUAACAGUGACGCCACUGUCAUAUUUAAUGAACCCGAUGAGAAUCCUUACGUUGAAAUGACCCAAAACCUCGGCUCAAUAUUAGCCGACUCAAACGCAGAUCAAAAUGAACAACAACCUUAUGAACUAAUUUGCUUCACUGAAGGUUCAUUCGAGCCAGUAUACAUGGAAUUAAAACAGCCAGAUUCAAAUACACUAAACAUAUCCAAUAAAGACAUUAAAGAGCUACCAGAUAUUCUAAUGUCCCCCAAGCAAAAAGCCCCCGGUAAUAAAUCUGAUAGCUCAGAUGCAGACGAUGAAGCUUCCAAAGACCUAGACUCCUUGGACACUCCAAGCCAACCAAGAUUCAGCCUUUCGGAUACUUUUAGGCCAGCUUCUUACUAUCUGGGGGCCAGUCAGAGUGUCCCCGAAUUCCAAGACAGUUCCGACAGUGAAUUAGUGUCACCACCUCCAAUUCCAAAUUCUCCACCACCCAUGGACGACGAUGAAAACAACGAAGAGUGUUCAAACAUGGAGAACAGAAAGUACUCCAAAAAAGACGAAACGUAUGGGUUUUCGUUACAACUCCACCGAAAUUCCGAUCAGUUCUUCAACAGUACUAACUCGCACUUGUUUAACAGCACAACGAAUUUCAUAAAAGGUAGUACUCAGUCUUUGGACGCUAAAAAACCGUUUAUUUCGUUCAAUGGCGGCGGAAAGGAAGGUGAUACGUCCUCUGUGGGCAGCAUAACCAUUGACACUGACACUCGGUACAGCAGCAGAUUGUCACACAAUAGUGACUCCGACGUUGAGCUAAGAAUGCCCAGAAUACUCGACUAUGAGAGGAUGCUCAAACGAAGACCCGUUUCUGAGGAAUUUUGCGAUGAAUUGGAGUCCAUGGAUGGUACCUUUGACACCAACGACACGGUAGAUUUAGACAGAUAUCUAAAGGACCUACAGAUUAGUAACAUCAGUUUGGCGAGCAACGAAGAAGGCAACGAACUGUGCCUCAGGAAUCACGAUUACGAAAACCUGUUCAUCAACGGCUUUCCAAAGAAAAUCGACAAAAGCACGCCAGUACAUUCGUAUUCUUCUAUUAAGAGUCCUUCCAGUAGUCACAACGCUUUGACAAUGCCUUUAGAUUCGACCGAAAGACAAAUGAUGACAAACGAGGACUUCGUUCUGAGAGGAAGACCGGAAAGUAGCGCCUCCACGUCGGCCGAAAUUUGCGGUUUAUUGAGGAACUCCAAUUGUUCCACUCCGAGUUUAAGAAUAGGAAGUUCAAUGAGCACCCAAGAAAUUCCCAACACCUACUUUUCUGAAAGGAGGGACAAGUCGGCCAACUCGUCCUUCAGUCAACCUGCUCCGUACUACUAUUCUGAUUUGAACGUUGCAAGUACUGAAUGUGUUUCCACUAUUUUAACCUUAAACAACCAAAGGGGGGCCAUGAAUGGUAGCAAAAAAGAUAUCACCCAUAUUAUCAAUCCCAUUAAAGACAACAGCCAAAUUUUAAAUAUUGAGGUACCCACCAGGGAAAACGAAGGAAAUACCUUUAAGUUGGCAGCAGAAGCAAGAUCCGUUUCUGUUGACUUCUUGAAUUUAACAGACAAGUCAGGAAAUAUAGACAAGAAAAAUAUCUAUGAAUCUGACACCUUAAAAAGACAGAAGACAUCAGAUCCCAGCUUUUCCACCUCUAAUCCGGAAACCAGAAAUCUUUAUCCUGCGAGAAAAAAUGACAAAUUUGCCUCAAAUGAUAUGGUUGAGGUUGAUUGUAACGUAAGGAGAAGCCAGUCUUUGGCAGGACUGUUGGAAAAUGUCUUGAGUGAAACAAUUGAUUCUACUGGCGGGAAUGAAGAGACUGACAAUAAUGAAAGCAACGCCACCGAAGGUAGCUAUUUAUGGGAAGAAGACUCCAUCUGGAGGGAACGUCUUAGAACUGCCAGUCAAAGACAUACCAAAUCCAUGGAAGACUUGGAUUCUAUUGAAGACACCAAAAAAGUCCAAAAGAAAACGCCGAGAGGUAUAACGAGGGGUGUCGUUUAUGUGAAUGAUAACAUAUUUAACAUGCCCAUCCAGGAUAAGAUGCAAAAAGAUAACAAACCACCUUCCGACAAUAAAAAUAACGAAAUAAAAAAGGAGGGAAGUUUUAUUAUUGACAGGGAAAAAUUAAGACAGUGGGAUUUGCUUUCAAGUGCCCCAAGUGAAGAUCAGUUGUCAGGAAUUGUUGGUACUCAGGUUUCACAAGGUAAUAAUCCUGUGGUAGAUGUUCGGGAAGGGAAUAGUGAAUCAUUACCAGAAAAUACCAACACACAAACUGCAGCCUCAGGUUCAAUUUCUCUAAACACCCGAGACACUUUUCCAAGGGCGAUACCUGCCAAGAAAAUGUGGACACCCCAUAAUCAAAAUGUUCAAGCCAGGUCCGUCACAAACUUGAACAGGAGUGACACAGAGCAAUACUUAUCUCAUCAGCAAGGCUACUUUGUAAACCAGCAAAAUCCUCAUGAGGCAGACCCGUCUUUUGCAUCAAGAAAAGAAAAUUGGCAGGGUAAUGAUAAUAAAAUCAAUGUAUCUGCCGGGGAGUUAUUAGGUAGAACUCACGAAGAACUAGUUUUGUUAUUAAUUCAGCUUCGCAGACAAAGUGCACACACUUUGCAAGCGAUUGAAAAUAGUUACAAUGAAAUUGAUACCAUACAGGCUCAACUGCACCUCAUGGAUCAACAAAAGAGAUUAGAGAACUUACAAAAGUUAGAACAAAUCAAACAACACUUGCUAGAGCUUGAAAAACAGUAUGAGAAAGGAAAACCUUUAGUGAAUCUAGUAGAUAACAUGGUUAAGUUGGGAUCACUAUAUAGAACACCCACAGAUCACAACAACAUAAACCCAUACAUCCGCGAUAGAUUAGAGUUCAACCAACAAAUACAAGAGCGUAGACUUUUAGCUGAAGAAAAAAGAGAUUGGAAUAGAAUCACCCCCAAUCACUACCAGCUGCAAGAAAAGGUGCAGCAGCUUUACCAAUUGGAUAGAUUAAUCCAUGAAGAGUCGGGCACCUUGCAGAACCUUCAGCAAGACAAAGAAGACAUUGAAAGAGCUCUUGGAGGCUUGCGCAUGAGGAUCAAUAAAGGAUUCAAUGAUCCUGCCGAAGUGGAACAGGCUCGCAAGCAGCAAAUAAUGUUAGAAAAUGAAUUAAGUAGAGUUCACUUUAUGUUAGCACAAAAUUCGAAGAAACUAGAAGAGACGGUUGCUGGAAAUGCGAGGUUGGAGCAUGAGUUGUUGGUACUUAAGCAAAAGUUGCAGACAUCAAGGCAACACCGAAAUUCGCCGCAAUUCUCCAAUGCAGGUGAUAGUUUGCCUUGCGUUGUUGGUACGAAUGUUAUGCUAGAAUCAGAUUUGCAUAGAGUUCAGAAAAAAAUUGGAGACUUACAAAAACAACGCCAAGAACUUAGUAUGCAAGUCCGACAGUUGACUGACAGAUCAAACAAUUUGUCACAAAUUAAAACGUCUAAUUCCAAUAACAUAAACAAUCUUCAAUCUUUAGGUAAUAAGAAAAAGGUGACAUCAUCGUGGAGGGAAACAGACUUAGACACAAUGAUCAUAGUGGAUCACGGCGAGUCCUGGGACAAUUCCACACCCACAACACCCCUGUACAUAAACACAGACAUUAAACAAAGUCCCGAUGAUUAUUACAACAGAAUCAUGAAAUCCAGUGACUCAACCAGCGACGACAACACCCAACACUCGAACUUGCCACCGGAAAAACAAGAAAUAAAAACCGUACGAAUAGUAAAACGGGAAUCCGAGAGAAGGCAAAGAGACAGAGAAAAGAUAACGUCCAGUGGAAGUGGAAAGUGGGACGUGCUUUUGGAGGAGGACGAUUCUUCCCAAAAUUCAAGUAUACUUUUCAGGCCCACUCCGGUGCAAAAAACGCAGAGCUCAACUGCUUUGUCCUUAACAGGGUUUAACGAUAAUAAUUCGGGGCCUUUGAUGCGUGAAAACUCGCUUUCAAGUCCCAGUCUACCCCAGUUUAACGAUAGUAGGAGCAAUGCAAAUACUCUUAGUAGUAGCGAACGGUCUCCUGAACUGUCUCCCAUAUUUAAAAGCGAAGCUGCCAGGCAAAUUAUAACGGAAAUGUCCAUUCAAGACACACCAAAGAAAACGAAUAGGAGGGCGGUUCCUAAAGAAAAGAGAAGACAUUAUACUGCUCCCAACAAUAACUUGAUAAUGAAGAGCUUAAACCAAUUACCGACUGAUGACAAUGCCUUUGAUAAAAUGAUUUUGAACACCAGGAGGGCUAGAGACGACUUGGACAUGGAAAGGGCUUUGAGACAAAGAAUUGACGCUCCUGAUGUUGUUAGGUCAACCUUAAGCAAUAAAGAGUUAAAAUAUAAUGAAAGUACAAUUGAUAAUAUACUAGGAACACCAAAUAAAAUAAGUAUACCCGAAAGAUAUAUCCCCGAACAAUUACCCCAGCUAACUGCUGAAGAGCAAGAACAAAGGCUAAGAAAAGUAGAAUCGAUCAAAAAGAUGCUCUCUGACACUGCCAUAAUUAGUGGCAGCUCAGCCAAUCCAACAGAUGAGAAAGCUCCUGAAAGUACGCAAAAUAUAAUUGCGAAUAAGGCAACCACGAAAAUGAUCGAGGAGAAAAAGCAAAGAGAGCACUUACUGCAACUGAACCAGAUAUUGGCCAAACAGGUCAUGGAAAUGAGUAAAAUCGUUGCAGUGAAGGCAUUGCAGAAGUUGCCGCUUCAGCCGCAGCAAGUCAGCACAGAAGAUGAGGAUUCGUCUCCAAUAACGCCAUUGCCACUGUAUCAGCAGCGUGAUAACUUUUACAGUUAACAAAUUUUUAUUUUGGAUGUACAAAAUUAAAAGGUUGUGUUCAAACGUUUGGCCUGUUGUACAUUUUAAACAUAUUAAGCUCUAUUGACAUAUUUAUUUAUGAGCUAGAUGUUUUGAAAUGUAAAUAAUAAAAACUGAGUGCCAGACAAUAAGUAUUAAAUAGUUAUAUGUUGUAAAUUUUUAAUUUAUGUACAAGUUAGUUUUAAUGUAUUGUUAAUAAUUUAAGUUAUAUUGUGCUCAAUAUUGUAUAUUGUAUAUAAUCACUUGAAGUUAUGUUAUCAUCAAAAUGGUAACGCAAUUUUUAAUAGUGAUAUAAUUUAUUUUAUUAUUUUUGACUUAAGGUGAUGGUUAGUUACAUGAACGACCAUUUUAACUAAAUUAAAAUUAUUUAGUUUGAGUUUUCGAAUUUUUGUUUGAGGGAAAUUUUCAAUGAAAAUUUAUUGGAUUAUUUGCGUGCUAAUAAUAUAUUCUGUUUGAACUAAUUUUAUAUUUUUGCCUUAUUUAUUAAUAAAGUUGGGGCAUGUAUAUGAUGUUCACACGAAACUAUAGAAGUUAGAACGUUAAAAUUAACCAACUUUCGGUUAUGAUUAAAUGAGUUCAUCUAUAUAAAGGCUUUAAACACUUAUGGUACUAAAUAAAAUUAAUUAUUUUAGACAUACGUGAGACAUUUUUUAAAACUUUAUCCAAUGCAUUUAUUAUUCAAUACAUUGGACGAGUUUGUAUAUAUAUAUAAAAAAAGUUUAAUUAAAUUCUAGGGCUGUGUGAGUUUAAAAACUAUAAACGCAUGUCAAUUUAGAGACUUAAUGUGUAUAAACAAUUACUAGAGUGAAUUUCGUGUGAACAUCAUUUUAUAAUUAACGAAUCCGAAUUUUUUACAAAACGUUUUUGUUUUUUUAUGACUUUGUAUAUUAUGUAAUGCCGUCUCAAAUGCAGCUUUUGUAAAAAUGUACCCAAAAAUAUGUAGAACACUAAUAUAUAAAAAUAAAUAAUCUAAAAAUA